AAUGCUGGAGAAUUGGAAAAUAUGCAGCAAGACACGACAAGCAUGUAUUUUUCUAAACUUGAAGAUUCACCAAUGUUUCGUCAACAGCUCCAAUGUUUGGAGGAAAUUGCAGAGACGUUAAGGGAGAGAGGUUGUAGGUUCUAUAAAGGCUGUCGUAAAUAUACAGAAGGCCUGGGAGAAGCAUAUGAUAGAGAUAUCUCGUUUUCAAGCUGCCUUGAAAAUUUUGGUGGAGGAUCCGAUCCUAUUUCGUUGGCACUUGGAGGUCCCGAUAUGAUCAAACUUGCAACUUGCUUGAGAGAAGUAGGGACGUGCAAAGAAAAUCUUCGAUCUCAGCUUGAGCAUACCUUAAGUGAGAGGUUACUGCGAUUCACGAAUGUUGAGCUGCAAGAUAUCAAGGAAGCAAGGAAGCGUUUUGACAAGGCUGAUGUCGUUUAUAGUCAGAUCCGUGACAAAUAUUUAUCAUUGAGGAAAAGUACCCGGACAGAAGUAGCUGCUGCCACGGAAGAGGAACUUUACCAUGCGAGAAUGACAUUUGAGCAAGCUCGCUUCAGUCUGGUUUGUGCUCUUUCAAAUGUGGAGGCAAAAAAGAGAUUUGAGUUUCUAGAAUCAGUCGGUGAAGCAAUGGACGCCCAUCUGCGUUAUUUCAAGCAGGGAUAUGAGUUAUUACAUCAAGUGGAGCCUUACAUUCACCAGGUAUUAUCAAAUGCACAGAAAUCUCGAGAAAGCUACCAGUCUGAACAACAAGCACUAAAUGGAAGGAUCCAAGAGUACAAAAGGCACAUUGAUUUUGGUAAUAAAGUACCUUGUAAUCCUUCCGUUGUGAAUGGAGAGUUAACACAUCAACCUUCAAGGAAAUCCCAUAAACUGAUACAAGCAGUUAUGCAGUCUGCUGCCGAAGGGAAGGUUCAAACCAUCAAACAAGGAUAUCUAUCAAAGCGUUCCUCAAAUUUGAGAGCAGACUGGAAGAGAAGAUUUUUUGUUCUUGAUAACCGAGGGAUGUUGUAUUACUAUCGCAAACAAAUUGGACGGCCCUCUGUAACUUUGAACAACUUCCAGGGAUCUGGUGCACAGAGAAGUAAUUCUGCUGAACCUGGCCCUGGAUUGCUGAGUCGGUGGCUAUCUUCUCAUUAUCAUGGUGGUGUAAAUGAUGUUGCACGACAUACAGUUAACCUUCUUACAUCUACAAUAAAGGCAGAUUCAGAGCAGUCAGAUCUUAGAUUUUGUUUUAGGAUUAUAUCACCAACAAAAAUAUACACUUUGCAGGCAGAGAGUUCACUGGAACAAAUGGAUUGGAUUGACAAAAUAAACGGAGUAAUAGCUUCAUUAUUAACUGCCCAACUACCACCUGAGAGACAUCUAUGUGCGAGUCCUACAAGUGAAACCAGUUCAAGAGAGAAACCAUCAGGUCAAGAUUGGAAGUCUUCUGAAGAUUAUGCCGAGAAGGACCACAAUUCUAAGAAUAUGAUGCGUAUAUGUCGAAGUUCACAACAGUUACAAUACAGUGUGAGGAGUGACAGACCCGUUGAUGCAUUAAAAAUGGUACCUGGUAACGAUAAGUGUGCUGAUUGUGAUUCACCCGAGCCCGAUUGGGCUUCCCUUAAUCUUGGUGUUCUUAUCUGCAUUGAGUGCUCUGGUGUUCACCGCAAUCUUGGUGUCCAUAUAUCCAAGGUAAGAUCUUUAGAACUUGAUGUGAGGGUAUGGGAACCUUCUGUCAUCACAUUGUUCCAGUCUUUGGGGAAUGUAUUUGCCAACUCAAUAUGGGAGAAAUCCUUGACUGCAAGAACUCAUCAAGGUGAUGAUUUACCUACAAGGUCAAUGGAGUCUGAUAAAUCAAGAGAGUCCUUUGAGAAGCCAAGUUGUGAUGAUCCCAUAUCCACAAAGGAGAAGUUCAUUCAUGCAAAGUAUGCAGACAGACGCUUUAUUCAAAAAGUAAAGGACCCACGUCAUCUUAUAUUACUCGAGCAACAUUUAUGGGAAAAUGUCCGUGCUAAUGACAAAAAAGCAGUUUACCUCUUAAUUGUGAUAUGUGAAGCAGACGUGAAUGCUGAUCAUGGUCAUGCCUCAUAUAUCUCCUCUUCAUCGGUAGCUCGCAUCAUGCACUUUGAAGACCAGAGUAGUCUUGCCAGUGAAUUUGACUACUUAAAAGGUUAUUGUACAGAUGACUCCUCAAGAUCUUUGACUUCAGUAAAAGAAAUUGAUGACCCAUUGACUAAUGAAUCUCUUAACGGCUGCUCCCUGCUUCACCUCGCUUGCCAAACUUCUGACUGUACCAUGGUAGAGCUGCUCUUACAGCACGGUGCCAACAUAAACGCUUCUGAUGCAAAGGGUCAGACACCACUGCAUCAUAGUAUUACAAGGGGUAGACUUGCCAUUACAAGGUUACUUCUUAGCAGGGGAGCUAAUCCACUAGCAGCAGAUACAGCAGGUAAAACACCUCGUCAGCUUGUUACAGAAUUGGGAAUUGAUGAUAUCGAUAUUCUUGCUCUCUUAAGAGCAGCAAAUAGUUAGCACUUAGUGCAAGUACAAAAACUGAUAGUAGGGUCUUUAGAAUGGUGUACAUUAACAAUCUUUUAUUUAUUUGUAUAAUCAAGAUGAAGCUGAUUGAUAAGUUCACAUCAUAAUAAUUACAUACAU